AUUGGAGAUGGUUGUGUUCUCCACUUUCGACCUUUGACUGAUUUGAUUCAUGGUACAAAAUCCCGGAACCUAUCAGUAUUAAUGGAGCCUCUGAUUCUCAGCUCUUCCACGGAAUCUUGAUUCUUCCACAUAUGAAUAAAAAUUGGGUUCCACCACCAAUUACAGCUCUGCCCAAGAAAGUGCAUGGAUAAUAUCUAAGUGCCGGCCAGAGGAGAGGUGGCAGGGGAGUGAGCACUAUAUAUUGACAUGUCAGUCAUGCCGAUUCAAUUCAAAACCAAAUUCAUUCCAUUUCAUAACUCCAAUUGCAAAUACUUUUCUCCUAGAUUUUUUUUUUGUUCUUUUCGAAGCAUCAAGAGGAAUUUUAAUGAAUUCAAGAAAUUUAACAGCUGACAUUUUGAAAUCUAUUCUUGUCCUUUACCUUACUAUGAUCCUCUCAGCUGUUAUUGCUUUUGUUCCAUUCUUUGGAUGAAUUUCUCUUCUGUGUAUUCAAAGUCCAUUUUGUUUGUCAAGUGACAGUCAAUUUACUUGGUAAUUGUGAAAUAUUAUGCUUCAUCUUCCUGGGAUUUGACAAAAUGUCAGCAAUGACUCGAGCGAAGUUGGGCUGCAGAAUCUUUUCUGUACAUCUUCCACCCAAUCUUGGUGGAUACAAUAUAAAGAUACGGGAUUCUUGUCUUCUAUCAGUCCACUGCUCAAGGGGCUUCAAAGGAGUCCAUACCAGCGUUAAGAGCAUAACUUGUCUCAUUCCGUCUCAAUCAACAGCCAAAAAUUGGAAAGAAAAUUCAGCAGUUGCAACUGACGAUAGAGUCGUUAUGGACAUUGUUCAGGAUCUGCCCUGCUUCACUAUUGAUCAGUCAAGCCUGAUGCACAUUGUUGAGAUGAGAAGCCUUGAUCAGCUCCAUAAAUUUGGAGGCGUUCAUGGGAUUGCUAAUUCUCUUAAUAGUGAUGUGCAUCGUGGAAUAGAUAGUGAUGACAAUGCAGGUAUUUCACGUAGGCAUGAAGCCUUUGGUACUAACACAUAUAGCAAGGCUGCUGGAAAGAAUUUGUUCCAUCUUGUUUGGGAAGCUUUUGAUGAUUCGAAACUCAAUAUUUUCCUGGCUUUUGCUAUGAUGGCUCUUGGUUUUGACAUUAAGAGCAAUGGACUAAUGGAAGGGCUGUAUGAUGGUGGAAGCAUAUUUUCUGCUGUUCUUGUUGUCCUAUCCAUCGUGGCCAGUACUGAUUUCAGGAAAAACAGAAACUUCAGCGAGAACUUCAUGGUUAGUGACAGUAGUCCUGUUGAAGUCAUGAGAAAUGGCAAGCCGAAGCAUAUUUCAACAUCAGAAGUUGCUGUUGGAGAUGUUAUAUGCUUGAAGAUUGGGGACCAAGUACCUGCUGAUGGACUGCUCAUUGAAGGGCAAGCUUUACGUGUUGAUGAAUCCAGCAUGACUACGACUGGAAGUUUUCAUGAUCAUGAAAUUCAGCAUCAUGACCAGAAUCCCUUCCUGUUUUCUGGCACCAAGGUGACUGUCGGAUGCGCUCGAAUGCUUGUUACAUCUGUUGGGAUGAAUACAACUCGAGGAAAGAUGCUAAGUUCAAUGAGCAGUGAGUCAAUUGAGCAUACGCCUUUGAAAGCUCGAAUCAGCAGGCUAAUAUCAUCAAUAGGUGAAGUUGGUUCAGGAGCUGCAGUCGUAGCUUUUGUUCUGAACUUAAUCCAGACAAAAAGAAAUUAUAAUCUCGAGAGAAGAAAGAAGAAGCUCAAAGAACUUGCCAUGGUCUUCACUGCAUCCUCAUCUGUUGUUUCCUCUAUCUCCAGGAAUGUUUUUGGCGUUGGAAAGUACAUAUCCAAGCUGCUAAAAGUUGAACAGCAGACUAGCAUCGGUAAUGCUUUACUUGGCUUUGCUCGUCCUCCAAAGCCACUCUUAAUUGGCAUACCAUCAGAAGCUGGAGUUUUCCCAGUGCUGUUGUUCAUUCAUGGCUAUCUUCUCUACAACUCUUUCUAUUCUCAGCUUGUGCAACAUAUAGCUUCUCAUGGCUUUAUCGUCAUUGCUCCACAGUUAUACAGCAUGGCAGGACCAGAUACAACAGAAGAAAUUAAUGCCACAGCUGAAAUAGCCAAUUGGUUAUCAGAGGGACUACAGAAUUUGCUACCACCCAAGGUUCAGGCAAACUUAAGUAAGCUAGCACUUGCAGGGCAUAGCCGCGGAGGAAAAGUAGCUUUUGGGGUAGCUCUAGGAAAAGCGGUGACUUCACUGAAGUUUUCAGCAUUAAUAGGCAUAGAUCCUGUGGAUGGAGUGGAGAAAGGGAAACAAAUGCCACCAAUUCUCACCUACAAUCCUCAUUCCUUUAAUCUUGACAUGGCAGUAUCAAUCAUUGGAUCAGGAUUGGGCGAAUUAAGAAGCAAUUUUCUUUUCCCUCCUUCGGCUCCUAAAGGAGUGAAUCACAAGGACUUCUACAAUGAAUGUCAAAAACCAGCGUGUUACUUUGUGGCCAGAGAUUAUGGCCACCUUGAUAUGCUAGAUGAUGACACUUCAGGGCUUCGAGGCAAGGCCACGUAUUGUUUGUGCAAAAAUGGGGAGUCCAGAGACCCCAUGAGAAGAUUUGUUGGAGGAAUCAUGGUUGCUUUCAUGAGAAAUUACUUGGAAGGCCCUUAAUAGGCUCAGAAUUAACGAGUCAUCGUGCUGAUGAAUUGCCCUGUUGUCGGUGCAUCUUAGGUAGGCCAAUCCCCGGUCAGCUACGCUACCUCUGCAACAAAAGUUUACGUACUUUUUCUUGUUCUUUUUUUAGCAAAGAAUGAAAACUUUCAUUGAUCGCAGCACAUGGACAGUCGCCCCCUCAACAUGCUACAACUUCACGUACUUCAAUUGGGUGCAAGACUCGAAUCCUUGAUGCAAACAUCAUCAACUCUGCAGCCUCCAAAACUAAAAUUUAUAAGAGCACUAA